AUGGAAUCACCCAACUCAUCCGCCAUUUUCCCACAAUUCACCCUAGACACCACCAAAAACAAUAACCCUGACCACUUCAUUGUCGAGGACCUUUUGGAUUUCUCCAACGACGAUGCUGUAAACGCCGACACCAUAUUCGAUUCUCUCCCUGUCAACUCCACCGACUCUUCCAACGUCACCGCCGUUGAUAGCUGCAACUCCUCCUCCUUCUCCGGCUACGACCCCAAUACCAUUCCGGACAUUGGUAGCCGGAGUCUCUCCGAUGGUCAUUUUUCCGGUGACCUAUGCGUACCGUAUGAUGAUAUAGCAGAGCUAGAAUGGCUUUCGAAUUUCGUGGAGGAGUCGUUUUCCAGCGAGGACCUGCAGAAGAUGCAGCUGAUAUCAGGCAUGAAUGCGAGAAACGACCACGUACCAAAGGCCCGCGGGUUCCCCUCCGAGCCCACAAGAAACGGGUUUCAUUCCGAGCCCACCCGAAACAACCCGAUAUUCAAUUCGGAAGUGUCGGUCCCAGCCAAGGCCCGUAGCAAAAGGUCCCGCGGGCCCCCAUGCAACUGGGCAUCGCGCCUCCUCGUCCUGUCCCCAACGACGUCGUCUUCAGACACUGAGGUCGUUGCUCCUGUUUCCACUCAUUCCGGCACAAAAAAACCCGCGAAGACAACACCGAGAAAGAAGGACAGCGGCGAUGGCAGUGGUGGAGACGGACGCAGAUGUCUGCAUUGCGCCACGGACAAGACACCACAGUGGCGAACCGGGCCCAUGGGUCCAAAGACGCUGUGUAACGCGUGUGGAGUGAGGUACAAGUCGGGGCGGCUGGUGCCCGAGUACAGACCCGCGGCAAGCCCAACGUUUGUUCUGACAAAACACUCGAACUCGCACCGCAAGGUUCUAGAGCUGCGAAGGCAGAAGGAGAUGGUGCGGGCCCAACAGCACCAGCAACAACAGUUCCUACAACACCAUCAUCAUCAGAACAUGCUGUUAGACGUAUCCAACAGUGAAGAUUACUUGGUCCACCAACACGUGGGACCCGAUUACAGGCAGCUUAUCUAGUACGUGCCAGAGUAGGACAACUACGGUGGAGCAUCCGGUAAUUUAUUUUGUAGCAGAGUUAUUACAUGUUCAUUAGGACAUUCUAAUUUGUUAUUGUUUCUUUC